UCCCGCCCCGCCGAGCGCAGCGCCCCGAGCAUGGAGCCUGCCUGAGACGCUCGGCGCGCUCCGGCAGCUGCUGCUGCGGCACAACAUGGAGGCGGCGCCGCCGCCGUUCCCGCGGCUCCCGCUGCUGCUGCUGCGGCUCCUGGCCGCCUCGGUGCUUCGGUGCGAGCCGGGCUCGGCCGGAGCAUCUCCCUUUCUGCUUUUUGCCAACCGUCGAGAUGUUCGACUUGUGGAUGCUGGAGGCACAAAGCUGGAGUCCACUGUGGUGGUCAGUGGUUUAGAAGAUGCUGCUGCGGUUGACUUCCAGUAUUCACAAGGCAUCGUUUUCUGGACAGAUGUGAGUGAAGAAGCCAUCAAGCAAACUUACAUUAACCAAACUGGCAAUGUGGUACAGAAUGUCAUCAUUUCUGGUCUGGUUUCCCCGGAUGGCCUGGCAUGUGAUUGGAUUGGGAAAAAACUCUACUGGACGGAUUCAGAAACCAAUAGGAUAGAAGUAGCUAAUCUCAACGGAACGUCCAGAAAAGUCCUCUUCUGGCAAGACCUUGACCAGCCCAGGGCAAUAGCUUUGGAUCCUGCUCAUGGGUACAUGUAUUGGACUGACUGGGGUGAAACACCCAGGAUAGAGCGAGCAGGAAUGGACAGCAGCACACGGAAAAUAAUUGUUGAUUCGGAUAUUUAUUGGCCCAACGGCCUCACAAUAGAUCUGGAUGAGCAGAAGCUUUACUGGGCUGACGCAAAACUGAGCUUCAUCCAUAGAGCAAAUCUGGACGGUUCCUUUAGGCAAAAAGUUGUGGAAGGGAGUCUCACUCACCCGUUCGCCCUGACGUUGUCCGGAGACACUUUGUAUUGGACGGACUGGCAGACCCGCUCCAUUCACGCCUGUAACAAAAGGACAGGGGAGAAAAGGAGAGAAAUACUGAGUGCCCUCUACUCACCRAUGGACAUCCAGGUCCUGAGUCCAGACCGACAGCCAUACUUUCACACUCCGUGCGAAGAAAACAAUGGUGGUUGCUCCCAUCUGUGCCUGCUGUCGCCGAGAGACCCCUUCUACAGCUGUGCCUGCCCCACGGGCGUGCAGCUGGAAGAUGACGGCAGGACUUGCAAAUCAGGCGCUGAAGAAGUCUUGCUGCUGGCUAGAAGGACUGACUUAAGAAGAAUCUCCUUGGACAUGCCAGAUUUCACUGAUAUUAUUCUGCAGAUAGACAAUAUCAGACACGCGAUUGCUAUAGACUAUGAUCCUGUGGAAGGCUACAUCUACUGGACUGAUGAUGAUGUCCGGGCAAUACGACGGGCCUACCUUGACGGCUCUGGAGCGCAGACUCUGGUAACCACAGAAAUCAACCAUCCGGAUGGCAUUGCUGUGGACUGGGUGGCCAGGAACCUCUACUGGACAGACACUGGCACAGACCGCAUUGAAGUGACCCGCUUGAAUGGGACAUCAAGAAAAAUCCUCAUCUCAGAAAACCUAGAUGAGCCUCGAGCAAUAGUGCUCAAUCCUGUAAUGGGUUACAUGUAUUGGACAGACUGGGGUGAAAGUCCAAAGAUAGAAUGCGCUUAUCUGGAUGGCUCGGAGAGGAGAGUUUUGGUGAAUACGUCCCUAGGUUGGCCUAAUGGCUUGGCAUUGGAUCUGCAGGAAGACAAGCUUUACUGGGGAGAUGCAAAAACAGAUAAAAUUGAGGUCAUAAACAUUGAUGGAACGAUGAGGAAAACCCUGCUGGAAGAUAAGCUUCCCCACAUAUUUGGGUUCACACUGCUGGGAGAUUACAUCUACUGGACGGACUGGCAGAGACGGAGCAUUGAAAGGGUGCACAAGAUCAGGGCCAGCAGAGACAUCAUUAUUGACCAGCUGCCAGACCUGAUGGGCCUCAAAGCAACGAGUGUCACCAAAGUGUUUGGAACUAAUCCCUGUGCGGAGAACAACGGAGGCUGCAGCCAUCUGUGUUUCUUUACACCCCAGGAGACCAGGUGUGCCUGUCCCAUUGGCCUCGAGCUGCUGAGCGACAUGAAGACCUGCAUCAUUCCUGAAGCCUUCCUGGUGUUCACCAGCAGAGCAGCGAUUCACAGGAUCUCCCUCGAAACCAACAACAAUGACGUUGCUAUCCCUCUUACUGGGGUCAAGGAGGCAUCUGCUCUCGAUUUUGAUGUGUCCGAUAACCGGAUCUAUUGGACUGAUGUUAGCUUGAAGACCAUAAGCCGAGCUUUCAUGAAUGGGAGCUCUGUUGAACAUGUGAUUGAGUUCGGACUAGAUUAUCCGGAGGGGAUGGCUGUGGACUGGAUGGGAAAGAACCUCUACUGGGCAGACACUGGAACCAACCGCAUCGAAGUGGCGCGUCUGGAUGGCCAGUUCAGGCAGGUGCUUGUGUGGAAGGACUUGGACAACCCAAGGUCUUUAGCACUCGAUCCUACCAAAGGGUACAUGUACUGGACGGAGUGGGGCGGCAAGCCCCGGAUUGUGCGGGCCUACAUGGACGGGACGAACGGCGUCACGCUGGUGGAUAAAGUGGGUCGGGCCAAUGAUCUCACCAUCGACUACGCAGACCAGAGGCUGUACUGGACUGACCUGGACACGAGCAUGAUCGAGUCGUCCAACAUGCUAGGGCAAGAAAGAGAAAUCAUAGCAGACGAUCUACCUCAUCCAUUUGGGUUAACUCAGUACAGCGACUACAUCUACUGGACAGACUGGAACCUUCACAGCAUCGAAAGAGCAGACAAGACCAACGGGAAGAACAGGACGCUCAUCCAGGGCCAUCUGGAUUUCGUCAUGGAUAUCCUGGUCUUCCAUUCUUCCCGCCAGGACGGCUUGAACGACUGUGUGCAAAACAACGGCCACUGUGGCCACCUGUGCCUUGCCAUCCCCAACGGGUUCCGGUGCGGCUGUGCUGCUCACUACACCCUGGAUCCCAACAGCAGGAAUUGCAGCUCCCCAGCGAGCUUCCUCCUGUUCAGCCAGAAGUCUGCGAUCAGUCGGAUGAUACCAGACGACCAGCAAAGCCCAGAUAUCAUCCUGCCUAUGCACGGCCUAAGGAAUGUCAAGGCCAUAGACUAUGACCCCUUAGAUAAAUUGAUUUAUUGGGUGGAUGGACGUCAGAACAUUAUAAAAAGAGCCAAAGAUGAUGGCACACAGCCUUUCACUGUCAUGAGCACUCCCAACCAAAGUCAGAACCCCGAGAAGCAGCCGCACGACCUCAGCAUCGACAUCUACAGCCACACGCUGUACUGGACCUGCGAGGCCACCAAUUCGGUGAACGUGCACAGGCUGAACGGCGAGUCCAUCGGAAUGGUGCUGCGAGGGGAUCACGACAGGCCCAGGGCCAUCGUGGUGAACGCGGAGCGAGGGUACAUGUACUUCACCAACAUGCAGGAGCGAGCUCCCAAGAUCGAGCGGGCCGCCCUGGACGGCACCGAGAGGGAAGUGCUUUUCACCACCGGGCUGAUCCGGCCAGUGGCGCUGGUCAUUGACAACAAGCUUGGGAAGCUCUUCUGGGUGGACGCAGAUCUGAAGCGCAUCGAAAGCUGUGACUUGUCAGGUGCUAACCGAGUGACCUUGGAGGACUCCAACAUCCUUCAGCCAAUGGGACUGACUGUGCUGGGGAACCACCUGUACUGGAUUGAUCGUCAGCAGCAGAUGAUCGAGAGRGUGGAGAAAACCAACGGCUACAAGAGGACUAGAAUUCAGGGCAGGAUUGCUCACCUGACUGGCAUCCAUGCGGUGGAAGAGCUCGACAUGGAGGAAUUCUCUGCACAUCCAUGUUCUCGUGACAACGGCGGCUGUUCGCACAUCUGCAUCGCCAAGGGGGACGGCACUCCCAGAUGUUCAUGCCCAGAGCACCUGGUGCUGCUGCAGAACCUCCUCACGUGUGGAGAGCCCCCGACUUGCUCCCCCGACCAAUUCACGUGCGCCACCGGGGAGAUCGACUGCAUCCCCAUGGCGUGGCGCUGCGACGGCUUCCCCGAGUGCGACGACCAGAGCGACGAGGAGAGCUGCCCCAUCUGCUCCGCGGCGCAGUUCCAGUGCGAGAAGGGCCAGUGCAUCGACGCUCACCUGCGCUGCAACGGGGAGAUCGACUGCCAGGACAAAUCGGAUGAAGCAGACUGUGACACCAUCUGCCUGCCCAACCAGUUCCGAUGUGCCAGCGGGCAGUGCAUCCUGCUGAAGCAGCAGUGCGACUCCUUCCCGGACUGCAUGGACGGCUCGGACGAGCUCCUGUGCGAAAAAAACAAGCCAGCCUCUGAUGAGCCACAGCCACACAGCAGUGCCAUCGGGCCUGUCAUCGGAAUAAUCCUGUCCCUCUUUGUCAUGGGAGGCAUGUAUUUUGUUUGCCAGCGAGUCGUGUGUCAGCGCUACGCGGGGCCCAACAGCCCCUUCCCGCACGAGUACGUGAGCGGCGCCCCGCACGUGCCGCUCAACUUCAUCGCCCCGGGAAGCUCCCAGCACGGCACUUUUACGGGCAUCUCUUGUGGGAAGUCUAUGAUUAGCUCCAUGAGUCUCAUGGGAGGAAGCAGCGGUGCCCCCCUGUAUGACAGAAACCACGUUACUGGAGCCUCUUCGAGUAGCUCAUCGAGCACAAAAGCCACUUUCUACCCACAGAUCCUGAACCCACCUCCUUCGCCAGCUACGGAUCGCUCCCUGUACAACACGGAGAUGUUUUACUCCUCAAACAUUCCUUCCCCCACGAGAUCUUACAGGCCCUACCUGAUCCGAGGGAUCGCUCCCCCCACGACGCCGUGCAGCACCGACGUGUGCGACAGCGACUACGCGCCGAGCCGAUGGAAGGCCAACAAAUACUACAUGGACCUGAACUCGGACUCAGACCCCUACCCGCCGCCCCCCACCCCCCGCAGCCAGUACCUGUCGGCCGAGGAGAGCUGCCCCCCGUCCCCCGCCACCGAGCGCAGCUACUUCCACCUCUACCCCCCGCCGCCCUCUCCUUGUACAGACUCCUCCUGACCCCAAGAGAAGAACCCUUCCUGUAAAUAUUUUUAAAUAUGAACAGAUUUAAAAUAUAUAUUUUAUGAUUUAAAGAAUAAAUAGGGGUGGGAAUUUUUAAAAAGAGAAAUGUGAAUAAGGAUGGGUGGGAGGGAUGGGGCUGUGAAAAAUUGUACAGAGGAAGAAUAUUUAUAAAAUUGAUUUUUUUAACUUAA